UUUGUGUGACACGGAGGCUGAGAGAGAAACAGCCCGAGAGAGGAGCCCGUGUGUUCGUUUCACCUCCUAAUCAGUUGUGCCAGAGGGAUCUAUCAUCGGCUGCAGCAGUGGAGGCAAGUAGAAAAGCGGAGAUAGAAGAUAGCCGAUUUUUUUAUCCCAUCACCAUCUAACAGUUUGAGCAUCAAACAAAUGACAGAAAUGGACACCCCUCUCGCCACCCCUUGCAACAUCCAGAUAUGUGAGGUGACCUGCGACUCCUUCCGCAUCAUGUGGGACAUGACCCCCGAGGACAGUGCCAGGGCGACACACUUCUUCAUUGACCUGAGCCGCAAAGAGAGCAGGGACCCCAACCGCUUCAAACACAGGGAUGUGCCAACCAAACUGGUGGCCAAGGCCGUCCCUCUACCCAUGGCGGUGCGGGGGCACUGGUUCCUCAGCCCGCGGACAAUGUACUGUGUGGCCGUCCAAACUGCAGUCCGACAGCCGGACGGUGACUACCUGGUCUCAGAGUGGAGCCAGGUGGUGGAGUUCUGCACAGGGGAUUAUGCCAUGGAACACCUACAGCAGCUUCUCGACAAGGCCAAGGGCUCUGCAGUGAGGCUGCUAAAGUUCUCUGUGUUCUAUCGCAACCAGCACCCGGAGUACUUCGACUACGUCAGUAAGGAAUGUGGAGGCCUGAUGCGUCCAGCCCUGAAAGACAUCAGUGGGAGUCACGGUUCUCCCAUCAACGGCAAACUCCAGGGAGUCUUCUUCAGCUGCAACACAGAGUUCGACACGGGCCUCCCUCCCAGAGACUCCCCUUACGGCCCCUUGCGUUUCCAGAUCCCAGCGGGACACCUGCUGAACCCCAACAUCGCCCUUUACUUUGCCGACUUCUACUGCAUGUACACAGCCUACCACUACGUGGUGCUGGUGCUGGCCCCCGUGGGCUCAGAGGGAGACACCUUCUGUCGCACUCGCCUCCCAAUGCUGGACUUGGCCUCCAACCCUUUCCUGACAUACACCGCCCCCCAGAGGCCAGGGGAGGAGCCUCUGUACUGCCACGCCAGCGACGUAAUCCUCGAGGUGCUUUUCACAGAGCCGGUUCCCUUGGAUCGGGGCAGCGUGGAGCAGAUCAGCGGGCACCACCAGCUCAUGAGUCUGACCACGGCCAACGCUAAGAAAGACCCCAGCUGCAAAGUGUGCAACAUCAGUGUGGGACGCUGAGGGAGACGCGCCGCAGACCCGGCGACCGUGUGAGCAUGCAAUGUUAUUAGAGAAGGCAGCGGAGCAAAAGGACCGAACAUUUUGAGACCAUCACGUGUGGGUCAGAACACACUGGAAGGAGCCCACCUCUCGGGGUGCGUGCAUGCUGCUACCCCUCUUCCCCCAUGGCUGGACUAGAGUAGUGAGAAUUAAAAAGAAGGCUUACGCCGCGUGUAUCCCAGAACUUCAUCCCGUUCACAGCUGGAAACUGUAAACAUCCUUCCACGGCUGCUGUGCAAAAGAUAAUCGAAAGUCAUGAUAGGCUUUAGAUGGCUAGAAAAGACCUGCUCCUUCUUCGUUGAGAGACAUGUGUGCUCUCUGGUUUCCGCACGUCAUUUCAUGCAUAUCUUUUUCGUCCGUCAAAUUCACAUUCACAUUUUUUCUUUUCAGUGGUCUUGUGUCUCUUGAAAAGAAUGUGUUUGAGACAACCAGAUCAUGCAAAAGGCUGAAGCAUGCUGCUUCUAAAACAUAACUGGUCCUAACAAAUAUUUUGCUACAUUAUACCCCUCAAAAAUACCAGCCAAAUGUUCUCUACCCAUUAAAAAAAGACUUUUCAGCAAUUCUGCCAAAUUCUUCUUAAAAAGCUUAUUGUACAAUUAUGAUUCGGAAACUGUUCUUCAAUGUCUAAAUUCCAAAAUCUGCAGAAAUGUAGGGCGUUAAGAGGAAGAAAGCAUCACAAAAUUCCCUUCAAUCACCAUCUGACAGCAAGCCUCUGCUCUGCAAACAGGGCUGAGCUAAGAUUAGCUUCAGUGUCUGUUUGUCGCUGCCCAAUAAUCUCUGACCUAAAUAGAAAUCCGUGAAAUGCAUAGAGUGAAAGGGAUCCCGUCCCCGAUGCACAAGAGUAAUACGUGCACUGACGAGUGCAGCAGAAUGUACGACAUGACAACAGAGCGUGCCCCGAAAACACAAAGCCUCACCUAUUUGGAACUGAAUGGGAGAGAAAACCAGCAAAGAAAAAGUGACUGCAACGAUGUAUUUUAUUACAAAGCACUUAUUAAAAUGGCAUGAGCA